AUGAAAUUGUGGCUAUUAAAGAAUACAAAAAAAUAAAUCAAAAUGAAUACAAAGCAAUUUAUAAAAAGAAUUUCAGUCAUAUAAUUAAAAUCAAAGUAAUAAAUUAGAUUGAAUUCAUUUCCAAUAAUUGUCUAAAAAAUUGAUUAUCAAAGAUUGAACUAUGAUCUAAAAAAUUAAUAUUUUCUCCAAGUAAUUUAAUUAGAUUAUUAUUUUUAGAUGGUGUAUGGUGUCGAUCAACUUCAUGAAUUGGGAUUAUUUCAUAGAGAUUUGAAACCGAAAAACUUUGUAUAUUUUGAGAAACCUAACAAUCAAAAAAUUAUUAAAUUGAAAGACUUUGGUUUCGUAAAAGAAACUACUAAUUAGAAUUUAAAAACUGCUUUGUUGAAACACAAUAUUAUAUAGCACCUGAGGUGAUAAAUUCAACAUUUUAUGACAAAUCAGUUGAUAUUUGGACUUUGGGAACAAUUUGGUAUGAAAUGCUUACAAACUAUUUUAUGGUAAUUUAUAUUGAUAAUCUUAGGUAAUAGUUAAUCCCAAAUAUUUGAUUAAAUAUUACGUAGUAGUCAACUAAAUUUAAAUUAAAAAAUUUAAAACAAACAAAAUAUUCAACAAAAAGAAAAAGAUUUAAUUAAAAAGAUGCUUAAAAAUAUUCCUGACUAAAGAAUAAAAUUGA